UCAGUUUGUGGCCAUCGUGUGAUGUGCACAUCCGCUUUGUUGCACUCAACUCCGACCAGGGCAGGCAUGCGGCUCAGAUUAGUUGGGCAGCUAUGAGAGGUGGCAGCAGGAGUGUGCUCUGAUCAUGACCUCUGACAUGAGCCACAGGCCUGAGAUGAGUCAGCAGAACAGUCUGGAGAUGUUUGCUCUGGGGAACCCACCCAAGAAGGGUCUCCUCUGGCGAAGGUGCUCGUUAAACAACAGCAAACGUCGCAGGAACAGCGAGGGCAGUGCCGGGACGCUGCAACAGGACCGUGCGCAGUUGAUCCGAACAUGUUCGAACUCCUUGGUGGACUACAAUGAUCCCCAGAGGACAACAGUUGUGCUAGGAAAACAAGACAAUGAAACAUAUGGAUUUGAGGUUCAGACAUAUGGCCUGCGGCACAAGGACACCAAUGAGGUAGAGAUGUGUACGUAUGUGAGCAGCGUGCAGAAGAAUGGUGCAGCAGAGACAGCUGGCCUUACCGUUGGAAAAGUCAUAUUGACAGUGAAUGGUGUCUGCAUUAAAGGAUUCAGUCACAGCCGCAUUAUUGAACUGAUCCGUGACUCUGUCAACUCGUUAAAGAUGGAGACUGGGAGUGGGAUUGUGGUGAAGAUAAUUGAACUGGAGAAGAAGAUGAGCUUGCUCAAGCAAACACUGCGUGAGAAGUUUUUGGAACUAAAGGCACUCAGCUUACAGGAAGACCGUCUUACUCGAGGAAACCUGAACGUCAGUUCUCAGCACCUAUCGGUGGACUCGCUCAUGUCUCUAUCAUCCCCGCGAGAGCAACACAGCUGGCGCUUCUCCAGUGACAGCAGCUGCAUGAGCAUCUUCACAGACGACAGCGAGGAUGGACCAUCGGCCGUGUUCGAUGACACCAGCCCCACUGAGCCCUACCUCAGCUUCUUCGGCCAGGACAUCCAGGCGGAGGGGGUGCUGCCAAAGACCUUGGCCCGCACCCGGAGCAUCAGCAGUGGGAGCAGUGGAUGCCAGUCACCCCCGUGGGACGUCGGCCGGCCCUCGUCCAACUCGAGCUACGCUUUCGCCACCCUGCCCCGCAGAGGGAGGAAGUCGAACAUGCGAAAGCAGCUCCUCAAAUUUGUACCCGGACUGAGCCACUCGGUGGAAGAGGAGGAGACCACUUGAGACAUCGAACCGUAGUACAGCAGUGCACAGAGACUGCAGGACAGCAGAAAGGAAAACUGACAUGCUGUAAAAAAACCAAACAAACACAAACUUUUAUAGGUAUUUGAGGAGUAUGGAAUGAAUGUGAAAGGUGGAUUGGUGAAAGGAAUUUUGGUCCUUUCAGAUUUCUGGAAGUCCCAGCCUUCUAGGUCCCAGCCUUCUAGCAUUCUAGAACCCAUGACCACCUUCUAGAACUCCUGAUUUUCUAGAACCCAUGACCUUCUAGAACUUCUGACAUUCUAGAACCCAUAUCCUUCUAGAACUGACCCCUCAUGGGCUUGAUUCUUAUGGAUCGAGCGACACAAGAGCAUUAUGGACUUCUGCACAGCAUACACACUCACUGAUGAACUAUGUAAUACUGGACAGGUGAUAGAUGGCUUUCACUUUGGUUUAAAGCCGUUGUUUUUUGUAUAUUGUCGCAGAGCAAGAAGCAUUCUUAUGUUUUUCAUCAAUUUGACAGUUUUACCAGAAAAGUGCAUUAAAACCUGUUCACAAAUGGUCAAAUCUAAAGGGGCCAUAUUCUAUGCAACAUGCUACUUGAGAUGAGAUGAGAGAAAUCAUGCAAUUUUCCAUGUGUUCCAUAUGUGCAAAUUACUGCUGAGGGAAAUUAAAAUAUUUUUAAAAAGCAUACAAUAAGGAAUGGCUUGUGAAAUGCUCUUUUGGAGUGCCAGGCAUUUUCAGUAUAACUGAUAAUUCUGAGAAACGCAUGAAUGAAUGGAGAUUGAUGGAAAUAAGGGCAGUUUGCUGAUAGAACAUGCAGGACUGUGUGAGUCAACAAACAUCAGAGCCCUUAACCACAGCUGUAUCUGAGCAGUGCUCAUAACAGGAUGCGGUCUGAGGAAAGGUGCUACCAUAUUACUUUUUUUUUUUCUUUUUGUAGGUGCUGUCUUUUAACAGACUGCCAAACUUUUUUUUUUUUUUGCUACCAUUGUACAUUUAAACAUCUAUAACAAUGUCAAAUACAGUUUUUGGGAAUCUUGUGGUAUAAAUACAUUUAUAAGAAUGUAAUACUUAUAAACAUAGGCUAUUCUUACGUUCAUCUAAAGAAGUCUAAAACAAGGCAGAUUAUGUGCAUUGUUUCCCCAUAUGCGGUCAGUCACAUUAGUUAUCCUUAUUUGUUGCAGAAAACGUCUUCACAAAUUAUAAUUCUUGUAAUUCGUAAACAUGUUUUCAGAGGCUUGUCUGAAUAAUAGCGGUUCUUUUCCAUUUUGAUUUACCGCCACUAGAGGGCAGUAGGACACAUUGUAAAUCCUCAUAUUGACAGACUUUGGGGUCACCGUUUGCUUGAACGCGUCAGUGAGAUCGCAGCAACAGGCUACUCAU